UUAUUGUUCAUUUAUUUAUGUCUGUUGUUUAUUUGUGUCAAUUUAUUUGUCUUGAACAAACCCCCGAAAUAGUUAAGUGUCUUACUUUGAAGGGACUAGUUAACAUCCACUGUAUCCGUUUCCUUAAUUUGAUACCCACAUUGAGCUACUUUGUACUACUUGGUUACUCUGAUAUAUUUAUUCAGUCUAUAGUACUUACUUGAUCAAAUACAAACAUGGCAGAGGCCAUUCAAAAGAAAUUAAAAGCGGAAUUAGAAAAAUAUACGCAGAUGCAGAAAGAUGUUAGCAAGAGCAUGUCAGCCAGACAGAAGUUGGAAACGCAGCUGACAGAGAACAACAUCGUCAAAGAGGAGCUGGAUCUGCUGGACAGCACAAACACAGUUUAUAAGCUUAUUGGCCCUGUAUUAGUGAAGCAGGAUGUGGAUGAGGCCAAAGCCACAGUCACUAAGAGGCUGGAGUAUAUUAAUGGAGAAAUUCAAAGGUAUGAGACGCUCCUGAAAGACAUGGAAAAGAAAUCUGAACAGCAUCGAGAAGUCUUGUCGAGUUUACAACAGGAGUUUCAGAGAGCUCAGGGACUGGCUGUUGGCAAAGUCUGAUCCAAUGAUGAAGCAACACCUGUGGAAGUAAAUCGCGGGCACUACUUAGCUUGCAACUCAGCAUUUCAAAUUCAUAUUUGUCAGCAUAGAAUCAGAUUUGAGUGUGUGCAAUUGUUUCUCAGUCUGCACUCUCAGAUUUCUCCUCUCGGUUUUGUGUGAAAGUCUGUUGGCACCAAAGGUUUUGGAAGCACACAAAACAAGUUUCAAGCCCUAUUCACUUUGCAAGUCAGAAUCUGAGAGUGUACAGGCAUGGAUUUGUAAAGGCAGAAACAGAUUUGAGAGCAAGGACAGACAGAAUUCUGAGCAUAACAGAUGAUUUGAGUGGGCAGCAGGGAUCCUCAGUUGCUCUCAAAUGUGAUUUUGCCUGCGUACUCUCAAAUUCCGAUUUGCAAACUGAAGAGCGCACGCAACUUGUUUUUUUGUGCUUUCAAAACUUUUUGCCCUGACAAACUUGCACACAAACCCAAGUGGAGAAAUCUGGGAGCACAGGCUCAGAAAUGAGCACUCACAUGGCCAGCGUUGUGCUCUCAAAUGUUAAUCUGUCCUGACAAAUACAGUAUGUGUUUGUACCCUCUCAGGUACUGAAAUGCAAACUGGGUAGUGCUCAAAAUGUGGUUUGUGCACCCUCUGUUAUUUACUUCCAUACAACACACACACAGAUAUAGAAAAUGUAGAGGUUAUACAUUAUUUAAUGUAAAUGUACAACUUCAGGCUGAGUAAAUUCUGCUUGUACCUUGUCAUUAAUUGUCAUUAAUACAACUGUGACUUUUCUCAUGUUACUAAUAAACAUGUUUUUCAUGAAAGGUCAUAACUU